AUGUCAUCAUCUUAUCAAAUAUAUCGUUCAACAACUAUUGGUUUAGCUCUUGAUGAUACUCUUCAAGAACUUGUUCAUCGUCAAAUCCUUACUUCUGCUCUUGUUCCUUAUAUUCUUAAUGUUUUUGAUGAAAUAAUCAAUGAGAAAUUGACUUAUCGAUCAAUAAAAGGAAAAAAAGAAGUCUGUCUUGUGUUCAAAGGUCAUCUUUUGUCGUAUAGAUCAUGUGAUCAAGUAUGGACAUUACUCUUCGAUUCAUUAAUAUUCACGUCAAAUACAGAUCCAUUAUGGAAACUAUGUUUAACUAGUCAACAUGAUAAAAUAAAAAUAAUCACUUGUCCAAUUAAAAAAUCAACUUUAUUUAAUACUGAACAAAUAACAAAACAUGAAAAUGAUCUUGAGAUUAAAUCAAAAUCUUACAAAAAAUAUAAAUCUACAUAA